CGUAAGAGAGUUGCAAAACAGAGUUACAGUGCAACUUCGGUCCUACGCUUAUGCUCAUUUGCUGCAGAUGCACAGUUAUCUCUGCUUUUGCUGCUUCACCACAAGGCACUCAUCAGAACAUCCAUACCAGGGAUUUACGUAUUUGCAGGUCCAUCAGCACCCUCCCUUCCUCCAGAAACAGAUUCACCGAGCAGUUGGGCUGAUGAGCAAGUUUAUGACGAUACAGGUUUUGUAACUGAGAUGGAUCCUCAAAUUCAGAAGAACUCUUCAACUGAGAAAGGAGAAAAAGGCAUGGAAAUGCAGAAAGCUAAUUCCACAUGUCAAGCUGCACAAAGGAAAGACGGUAGAAGAAAGCAUGUAUUCAUUCUUUAUGGGAUGUUAGCCACAUGCUUUGUGAUGUUGGCUGUUCUCAUCUUCCUGUUCUUGGUGAAGUACUCAGCAAUUUCAGAGGAAUUAAGAGAACUACACUUUAACCACUCCGAGAUGACGAUGACUGUGCUGAAGGACCUGGAUGAUAUAAGAACAAAGCAAGAAAUUAUCCAAAAAUCUCUAAGAAACGACUUCGUUGAACUUCAGGGCAUCACCGCAUCCAUCUGCAAACAGUUCUCAAUCAGUUAUUCAUCAUGCCCCCACAAGUGGAAGGCCAGAGGGGAUGCCUGCUAUUUCUUUUCAACUGGGAUGAAAACCUGGAGCGAUUCUCUGUCAGACUGUAUUGAACGGAAGGCUCAUUUGGUCACUGUGGAAUCUGAUGAAGAACAGGGUUUUCUGGCAAAUACUAUCAGUGCUGUAGGAACAUAUUGGUUGGGUGCAACUGACAUAAAACAGGAUGGGAAAUGGAGAUGGAAUGAAGAUGAUAAGCUUGUAACUAUCAGCUUUUGGGAUAUCGGGGAGCCAAAGAAAGGUUAUAACAACGACUGUGGUAUCAUAUACCCCAAUGGGUCAUGGGCAGCUGCUAGGUGUUCAUUUCCAAAUCACUGGGUUUGCAAAAAGCACCUCAUCUGCUGAGAUACAUUCUUGGACCUGCUGUUGGCACAGGCUUGUGCUGUUGAAUAUACCCUCAUCCGAUCUUGGAAUAUGCUCUAGCUCCUUAGCACAUAAGCAUUGAAAACUAUACCUUUUGUCAUUUAUCAUUUUUUCUGGGCCUGAUGUGUUUCUCUUUUUCACUUUGUGGUCCCACCUCAGCCAUACCAGACCUCUGAGAUAGCUUAUAUGACAGGUGAAACAACUGGCUUCAUAAAGCAGCUAAGGGCUUGACCAUACAUAGGUGCCUUUAGUCCCAGAGAAUCCCACAAACACUGUCACGCAUUUGGAUGGGUGAGAGACCAGGCCCACUGAGUAUAGGUUAUCAUGAUGAGAAAUAAUUCCAGACAUGUAGUCAUGUUAGUCUGUUGCAAUAAAAUUAAACAGGAGUACAUCAGCAUCUUAAAAACUAACAAAAACUUAUUCCAGUUUAAAUAAGCCUGAUCACCCAAAGUAGGGACUGAGCUAAUCCACUCUAACAUAUGAUCAAAUGCCAAUGAUCACUUGCCAUAUUUCAAGUGUGAUUAUACAUAUCUGUUUACAUUUGGUUGUCCAAUUUGGGUCAGAUUAAUACAUGCUAGUUCCCUGUGGCUCUUUCACCAUGGCUGCAUCCCACAUUACUCCAGUAUGUUAUGAAAUGAAGAAAUUAUGUGAGAUAUUAUAAAACCUAUGUGCUCAACCCCCACCCAACAAAUCUAAUUAGCAGGCAUUGAUACCUGGAAACUUCCUGAAUGAUUCACAUAAAUUUUCUCCACAUAAUUUUCUCAUCUCAUCUGCUUCAAGAGCACUGUGGGAUGCAGCUAUGGUGAUGGAGAACCCACAUGCUUGGAUAACAAAUGUGUUGGAAUUUGUCUUUCUCUAGCCUUCCCCUCCCCAUCAGCAUUCAAGCAGAAAUUUAUUUUGGAGUUGAAUGAAAGAGGGCAUUGUUCAGGCAUCCAGGAGCCCCUUAAAUUUACAAAUGCAUUUUUUUUAAAGAAAAGAAUAUCAAUCUCUUGAGUAUGUGUGUGUGGGUAUUUAUUGUGAUCAUUUUCUGUAUCUUUACUGAUGCAACUACUUUUAAUGAAAAUGUAGCUGAUAAAACAACGAGCAGCUUGAUUCAUGCAGAAUGUUAAUACCAUGGCGAUAUGUGAUGUUUUUAGUUGGCUUUUAAUCUUUUGUUUACCCUAGAUGUCUUUUAGUGUUUAAAAGAUAUCUUUUUUCUGAGGCAAAAUCAAAAAGAGUCCAGUAGCACCUUUAAGA